CUUGUAUCCAGGCCAUAAAUUCGAAAAAACAUAUUUCAUUCAUCGUUCAAUUUAACGUUAUCGAGAGAGCACGCUGCCAUCGCGAUCGCCUCAAGUCAAAGUCAAAAAUAUUCACGUCACGAACGUUGAGUUGUCAUCACGGCUCACGGGUGCUCGUUACGUCAAAUCAUGAUUUGAGUUCCUAAAUAUUUUAUCUUCUACAGUAUUUUAUAUUUAAUUUAUAUAAUUUUCAUUUUAAUUAACGUACUUUUAGUAUUAUUAAAAUUAAGGUGUUCAAUUUUCAAUUUUUCUCGGAAAUAUAAUUUUUUUGGCAGAGUUCUUGAAAGUGAUAGUUGGUUAGAGCUGGUUGGUACUUCGAGAGGAUCUUCGUUUGUGUGUAGCAUAGUUGCUUUAGCAUCAUGGACCAGAGUGGCAUAACCCCGAACACUUCGAAUCAGCAGCUUGUUAUAAACAGUGAUAAUGAGUCUGCGACCGCGCUGCUACAGGAGAAGCAGAGUAGGAGAAGAGAGAAUCUAAAUGAAGUAUCCUUUACCGAAUACAUGACUGUCGGAAUAUUGUGCUUCGUCAACCUUAUCAACUAUAUGGACAGAUUCACCAUUGCUGGUGUUCUGGUUGACGUCAAAAAAGAGUUCGAUAUCGGAGAUGACAAAGCCGGGUUUCUACAGACAGUAUUUGUGGUCGCGUAUAUGGUCUUCGCGCCGAUCUUUGGGUACCUUGGAGACAGGUACUCGAGACGUGUCAUCAUGUCGUUUGGAGUGGGACUAUGGAGCAUGACCACUUUAUUAGGAUCUUUCGCACACGACUUCGCGUUUUUCACAUUUUUCCGUGGUUUGGUGGGCAUCGGCGAGGCUUCGUACUCUACGAUUGCGCCGACCAUCAUCAGUGACCUUUUCGUCGGCAAUAUUCGAUCAAAGAUGUUGGCUUUCUUCUACUUCGCUAUUCCCGUUGGAAGUGGUCUCGGCUACAUAGUGGGGUCGUUAGCUGGAGCUGCAGCGGGCAACUGGCGAUGGGGACUCCGUAUCACGCCCAUACUUGGUGCUGUUGCCUUAGUACUCAUAUACUUCUUUAUGCAAGACCCGCCUCGAGGACAUGCUGAGGACAGUCAAAUGAAACCCACCUCGUACAGGCAGGACAUCCGAGCUCUCAUUAGAAACCCAUCUUUCAUGCUGUCGACGCUCGCAUUUACAUGUGUAGCGUUCGUGACAGGCGCGCUCGCGUGGUGGGGACCUCAGUUCAUAUUCCUGGGACUUAGCAUGCAACCCGACGUAGAUGUUAGCAUUGGCGGGGUGUCGCUAACGUUCGGCGUGAUCACGAUGGUGUCGGGGCUGCUGGGCGUGCCGCUGGGCGCGUGGCUGGGGUCGGCGCUGCGCAAGCGCUGGCCGCGGGCGCACCCCGUCAUCUGCGGCCUGGGCCUGCUCGUCUCCGCGCCCGCCAUGACCUUAGCCAUUGUCCUCACCGAGGGCUACUACAUAGCGCCGUUCGCCCUUAUGUUUAUCGGAGAAAUCGCUUUGAAUCUCAACUGGGCAAUAAUAGCCGAUAUGUUGCUGUAUGUGGUUAUACCGCCAAGAAGAUCUACAGCAGAAGCUUUCCAAAUCCUGAUUUCUCACAUGUUUGGCGAUGCUGGAAGUCCUUAUUUAGUUGGUGUGAUAUCGGAGAGUUUAAAAAAAUCGUUGUCACCUGUACAUGAUGAGGCGCCUACACCUUUGGUAGAGUUCAAGGCGCUACAAUAUGCGCUGUUCGUGACGUGUUUUGUUGAAGUCAUAGGAGGCAUAUUCUUCUUAUUAACAGCUAUAUACAUCGUUAGAGAUAAAUUAAGAGUCGAGAGAGCGAUUGCUGAAGCGGAAGCGCAGUCUGCUGAACCUUCACAUAUAGCAGCUCAGGAGGGCGUGGGUGGGGGUGAAUAAGACAAGAUAACGUAUACUUUGGAUAAAAUUACUUCCGUGACUAGAAAGUGAGAGGAGAAUAAAGACAUUAAGGGACAUAAUAAUAUGCCCUAGUGAAAUAACUAUACUUAAAUCUCUCUUUGUAAUUCAACUCUUUUGCAUGUUUGAAUAUCUGAUGUCACCUGCUACUUAAAUGAUAUUGUUCAAACGCUAAUCGUACAUCAACAAUGUAACCAUCGUCGAACAAUUCUGGACGUGAUACUUAACGGGGAGAAUUAUAGUAAUUUUAUUGCAUAUUAUUUUAUAAGACUGAGUCGUAAGGCAUAUUGCUAAAAGUGGGUUGGUUAUGUCAUAAUGGGAAAACGACUGUGUGAUUGUAAGUAGUUAGAAACUAGGCAUCACAGUAGCAACUGUUACAUAUAUUAAUAAAAAAGCCUGUUAAAACUUAUAAAUUAUUGCAAGCUGUUUACGUUCUUAAAUUUAUGUAAAUUAUUUGAAUAGAAUUGAUCAAUUUAAGUACAUAUUCAAUAUAAAUUCAUUCAUCUGUAAUGCAUAUUCUGUAUCGAUUUAUAAUUACCUCAAUUGUUAUGUUAGCACAUAUUUAUUUAAAUGGCAAAAUAGCACAUUUCUUUUUUAUUUAUCGAAACGAAAUAAUAUCCUUAUCGAGCAGUGUUCAUAUUCAUGCAGUUUAACAUUAUUUGUCAAUUUGAGUUCCUAAUGGAUGUUGUACAAUGCAACAUUAGAUGUAUCGACAAUUCGUGACUAACUGGACUUUUUGUUUAUAUCUGUUUUAGGGAUACGACAGAUUGUUCCAAUAUCUUGAGUAUGUUUAUAUAGUUUGUUCGAAAUUUUGCGUCUGUAUACAGUUUGUGAGCCUUGGGUAGUAUCUGUGAUGAAGGCUUAAGUUGUGAUUACAUCUAGCGUGUAUAAUUUUUCAAUGCAUAAACUAGAUAUUGCGUACGUAAGGUCACAUGUCAAGUUAUUCAACAACUUCAUCAAAGAUGCUCACAUGACGAAGAGCUUUCACAGUAACAGAUACAGGCGAGAUAGUGUUAAUGUUUUGAAUUAGGAAUUGAACGAAUCAUGUGUGUAAUUUGUAUUAAGUUAUUAAUUAUAUUUACUAUUGUUCCAAGCAUUUCUUUGUAGAAAGACAAAGUUAAACUGUAUUGAAUAUCAUAGAAGACUGAAUAAAUUUAAUUUUUGUCUAAAUUUUUUCAAAUAUAAAUAAUAAUUGCAUUAAUUGUGUUUGUACAUAAUAGUGUACAUAGCAUCUCAUGGAAUUGAAAUAAAAAAUAUAAUUUAUUUUUGAUAACA